AUGGCCGAGUCCCUAAAAAACGAGAAGAUCGCCAAUUCUCCGGUUGACUUUGACCCAGAGCCGGCAGUGUCCCCGGGCGUCUCAUCUUGGUGGGGCGGCGGCAUCAAGAUCGGUCCUCGAAUCGGUCCGGACAUUACCGGCAGCUCGCUAGACUCCGACAGCGAUGAUAGUAGCGCAGCAAUUUUGGAGAAGCAGCUUGCCCAAGAGGAUGGCUGCGCUAUCCAGUACCGCACCUGCAGCUGGCAGAAGACGGCCGCCCUUCUAUUUUCCGAAUACAUCUGCUUGGCCAUGAUGAGCUUCCCGUGGUCUUACAGCGUCCUGGGCCUUGUUCCUGGUUUGAUCCUGACUGUGGUUGUGGCUGCAUUUGUGCUGUAUACAUCUAUGGUCCUCUGGGAGUUUUGCCUCCGCCACCCCGAAGUUCGCGAUGUUUGCGACAUCGGCCAGAUGCUCUUCUGGAACAAGAAGUGGGCAUGGUAUGCCACGGCUUUCAUGUUCAUUCUGAACAACACUGUACGUGUUACCCCAUUGAAGCGUAAUUUUAUUUUUAUUAUUAUUGAUAUUGCCUUCCGUGGGACACUAUGCUAA